AUGGCGCCUGAUCGAACCGGAAAAAGCGUGUUCUUGGGGAACAUCCCCUACAACCUCACCGAGGAACAGGUGAAAGACAUCCUGAGCACAGCUGGCACUGUCACCAAGUUCCGGCUUAUGAUGAACCCAGAGACCGGCAAACCGAAGGGAUACGGAUUCGCAGACUUCGCCGACGCGGAUGCUGCAGCUUCCGCUGUUCGAAACCUCAACGAUUACGAAAUUAUGGGCCGCAAGAUUCGCGUCGACUGGCCUCACAAUAAUGAGAAGGAUUCCAUUCCUACAGACUACCCGGAAGACUCGCAACCUGCAGCUCAAGAUCCUACACAACAAAUGCAGCAAAUUCCCGGUGCUGCGCCAUUGCCUCCUCUUCCACCAGGCGUUGAAGUCCCCCCUCACCUCGACUGCCCUAAUGCUAUCUCCCACACUCUCGCCUCGCUCUCCCCAAACCAGCUCCUCGACGUCCUCACCCAGAUGAAAUCUCUUGCGGUGGCUGAUCCCGCCCGUGCCACUGAACUUCUACGACAAGCACCCCAGCUUGCCUAUGCGAUUUUCCAAGCGCUGUUGUUGAUGAAUCUGGUCGAAUAUCAGCUUCUCGGAUCCAUUGUUGAACAGGCAUCCCAGCCCCAGCCUGUGGCACAUCAAGCCUAUCAAUCCUACGGUGCUCCUGCUCAGAUUUCAACUCCGCCUGUGGCGGGUACACCAUUUGCGCCGCCUCCGCAAGCCGCACCACCCCAACCUGUGGCUAGUCAAGAUGAACUGCUGCAGCAGGUUCUUGCUAUGCCGCAGGCGGCAAUUGAUGCCCUGCCCCCAAUGGAACGCAAUCAAAUUAUGAUGCUUCGCCAGCAGUUGAUGCAAGGAGGUUUGCGGUAG